GAUAUAAUAUCCUCAAAAGUCUCGAUGAUGAAACUGUUGGAGAUAUCGAUUUCCCAUCAUGUGGCAAUGACAUUUUAAUGUCUCCUCUCAAAGCAUUCUCAUAUCUCACGUGCGGACAUAUUUUUCACAGACUCUGUAUCGAAAAAAAACUUUUUCUCGGCACUCCGAUCAAGCUGAUGCCCUUGGUAUCAUUUCCAAUCCGCCAAUACCUGAUCCCAGAAAGACAUCUCAAUCAAGUGGAAUUUCACCUUUAUCCAACUUAAUGGGAACGUUUGCACUAUCUUCACCACCUAUACGGAUGGGAGGGAUC